AUGGAGGAAAUAGCAGAAGACCAGGAAUUAGAAGACAUGAGCACACUGGACAGCACUGCUGGAGACCUGAUCCUCAGUGUCCCUAACCCCCUCCAGAUACUGGAUACUGCUGCCUCCCAGGUUCAAGCGAGUCUCCUGCCUCAGCCUCCCAACAUCCUUCGGAAAGCUCUGGACAAGAUCGCAGAAAUCAAGUCUCUGUUGGAGGAGAGGCGGAUUGCGGCCAAGAUCGCAGGUCUCUACAAUGACUCGGAGCCACCCCGGAAGACCAUGCGCAGAGGGGUGCUGAUGACCCUGCUGCAGCAGUCGGCCAUGACCCUGCCCCUGUGGAUCGGGAAGCCUGGUGACAAGCCCCCACCCCUCUGUGGGGCUAUCCCCGCCUCAGGGGACUACGUGGCCAGACCUGGAGACAAGGUGGCUGCCCGGGUGAAGGCCGUGGAUGGGGAUGAGCAGUGGAUCCUGGCCGAGGUGGUCAGUUACAGCCAUGCCACCAACAAGUAUGAGGUAGACGACAUCGAUGAAGAAGGCAAAGAGAGACAUACCCUGAGCCGGCGUCGUGUCAUCCCGCUGCCCCAGUGGAAGGCCAACCCAGAGACGGACCCCGAGGCCUUGUUCCAGAAGGAGCAGCUCGUGCUGGCCCUGUAUCCCCAGACCACCUGCUUCUACCGUGCCCUGAUCCAUGCACCCCCACAGCGGCCCCAGGACGACUACUCAGUCCUGUUUGAAGACACCUCCUAUGCAGACGGCUAUUCCCCUCCCCUCAAUGUGGCUCAGAGGUACGUGGUGGCUUGUAAGGAGCCCAAAAAAAAGUGAGGCUGCCCGGCGGACUCACCAUCCCCCAACGACACAGGGCAGGACAGCAGAGGAUGUGCUGGGAUUAAACAGACAUUCCUCCUC